AUAUAUCGAAGUCCAAACAUUGAUAUUACAUGAAAUAAGAAUAUAAUUAAGUUAUGCAUAUAUUAGAAUUUAUUUUGAGUUGCAGCUCAUUCUCAAAUAUAUAAUAACAAUAAAUUAAUAUCGCAACUCUGUAAAGUUUUCAAGUUAGUAAUUUUGAUAUUUCGAAGAUGGAAUAAAUCUUAAGCUCCAAAAUGAGAACUGUACCGAAGUGGGUUAAUAAAAUCCACGAAGCUGAUAAAAUAGAUUGCUCCAGUGUACAAACAAUAUGCUUUAGUCCUGAUGGUACACAACUGGUAGUUGGUGCUGGUGAGAAAAUAAUGGUGUAUGACCCUAAGGAAGGAGCACUUGUUCAAUUACUUCAAGCCCAUAAAGGACCAGUACAUUCAGUGGAUUACUGCAGGGAUGGAAAAAAAUUUGCUAGUGGUGGUGCAGAUAAAAAUGUAAUCAUUUGGAAUUCUAAAAUGGAGGGCAUCCUUAAAUAUUCUCAUAGUGAAGUGAUUCAAUGUCUGGCAUAUAAUCCAGUGACAUUCCACUUAGCAUCAUGUGCAUUGUCAGAUUUUGCUUUUUGGUCUACUGAUGUAAAGGCAGUUCAAAAAGUAAAAGUAUCUGGGAGAAUUACAAGCUGUGCAUGGUCAUUGAAUGGACAAUAUUUAGCUAUAGGCCUGGCAAGUGGAAAAGUUUCUUUAAGGGAUAAAGCUGGAGAUGAGUUUCAAAGGAUAGAACGAGAUGCUGCUGUUUGGUCUCUAGCAUUCUUUAAAAAUACACUUGUAGUUGCAGACUGGACUGAUACAUUGUCAUUUUAUGAUAUGCUCGGUCAACAAGUUGCCAAGGAGAGAAAUAUAGGUAUAUCAGCGUUGUCCAUGAAAGUAGUGGAAUCAUUGAUAUUAGUUGGGGGCAUUGGUGGUUGGGCAGUCUUGACCGCGGAGGGCAUAUCUGUAGUGACGACUGACCACGAAUGGGUAUGGUCAAUAACACCGUCACCAACGUUCAAUACUUUGGCAGUAGCUUGUCAAGAUGGCAGUCUAUGGUGCUACCAAGUUGUAUUGAACACUGUACAUGGUCUCUACCGGGAUAAAUAUGCGUAUAGAGAAAACAUGACCGACGUUAUAAUACAGCACCUUACAUCUGGAAAUAAAGUGAGAAUUAAAUGUCAUGAUAAAGUACAGAAGAUAGCGAUAUAUAAACAUAGAUUAGCGGUACAAUUACCAGAGAGAGUGUUGAUUUAUGAGCAAACUGGUCCAGACGGGAUGAUGUAUCGUGUGAAAGAAAAGCUUAUGCAGAAGGCUGAAUGUUCCUUACUAGUUGCUACCAGUGAUGCACUAUUACUUUGUCAGGACACUAAAUUGACGAUGGUCGGGGUUAAUAUUCCAAAAUCGUGGGAGUUGCCAACGCCAAUUCGUUAUGUUAAAGUAACAACUUUAUGCCUCCAAGAAGUAUUACUUUUAGGUCUUCUAAAUGGCGAAAUAUGGCAAGUUGAAGUCAGUACGGGCAACUCCGACAUAUUGUUGACGACUCCGGCGUGCGUACGAUGCCUUGACAUUAACGUUUCGAGGACAAGAUUGGCUGUUGUAGACGAAGUUUCCGUUUGUCGAGUGUAUUCAUUGCCCUCAGCUGAAUUACUGUAUGUUGAGGAAAAUAUAUCAUCUGUGUCAUGGAAUUUAUGGUUUGAUGAUUUGUUAUGUUUGUCUGGCGGCGAUCUGCUUUCGAUAAAGGCUGGGAACUUUCCGGCCGCCACACAACCUCUUAAUGGCUCUGUUGUGGGUUUCCAGGGAGGCCGUGUGUUUUGUCUCCAAUCGAAUGCUAUGCAGUCCAUUAAUGUGCCAUUGUCUCACGCCGUUCAUCAGUAUGUCCAACAGAAGAUGUUCAAUGAAGCAUAUGCCGUGGCAUGUCUCGGGAUAACAUCAUCAGAUUGGGAGAGACUUGGAUAUGCAGCAUUAGAAGAGUUAGCAUUCGAAGUUGCUCGGAAAGCCUUUCAAAGGAGCGAGAAUAUUGUUUUUUUAAACCUUAUCGAUCAAUUACAGGAACGUCUAGAUAAUGGCGAGAGUAAAGCUGUGAUUUCUGGAGAUGUAUUAGCAUAUAGAGGAAGAUAUGCUGAAGCGGCAAGAUCGUAUCAAAGCUUCGCACGAGGUGAGAAAGCCCUCGAUAUGUACGUCGAUCUACGUAUGUUUGGAAAAGCACAGGAGUUUGUUAGCGAAGGUGAAAGUUUGACGGCGUUGACACGUAGACGUGCGGAAUGGGCGCGUCGCGUCAACGAACCGCGUGCCGCGGCUGAGAUGUAUCUCGCCGCGGGUGACGUACGGAACGCGGUGGCCAUUUUGGCUGAGAGCGGGAAACGGGACAUGCUUAUAGAAUUGGCUCGUAAAAUGGACAAGGGCUCGAGUGAGUCCCUUCGGUACUUAGCUGAAGCGUUGGUGACUACGGGCGAAUAUGCAACUGCUGCAGAUGUGUACCAGCGCCUUGGAGAUUAUAGGAGGGUGGCGCAAUUGGUAGUGAACGCCUGCGAAUGGCCGCGCGCGUUCCAACUUGCACGCGAACACCCAGAAUGCAAGCAGGAUGUCUACAUACCCUAUGCGCAUCAAAUGGUGCAGGAAAAUAAAUUUAUUGAAGCUCAAAGAGCAUAUUAUAUGGCGGGCGAGACACAGACAGCAAUACGUGUUCUCAACGUGCUCGUACGAAACGCAGCGAUGGAAGAGAGAUUUAGCGAUGCUGGGUUCUUGCAUUACUCCCUCGCGGCCCAAAUAUUGGAGAUAGCUGAUGACAGGGAUCGAAGUACACUGCUGCAUCAAUAUAUGCACAAUGACCGGUUAGCUCGUAUUUAUCACGCAUACGACAACGUGCACCGAUGCGUUCACGAACCCUUCUCUCUUAGCCAACCAGACGCACUACUAAAUGCUGCGAGAUAUGUACUGGCAUUAUUAGAUGGGGAAGCACCGCCUGGGGUUUCUAUGUUCUGCCUCUACCUCUGCAUGGCGAAACAGGCAAAAGUUUUGAAUGCAAACCUAUUAGCUCGAAAGAUGUUGGAUAAAAUUUUAGGCCUACAAAUUCCACAAAAGUUUCAGGAAAGUGUAGAACUCCUCAUGUUGAAAAGUGGCGGCCAACUAGGCGCAAGCGAAAGUCCCGAAGAAGAAGUCGCACCUUUGUGUUGGCGUUGCCGCAGACAUACGCCGAUGUUUGCCACUCAUUGUCCGAGAUGCAACCACGCGAUGGCUCAUUCAUUGGCAACUCAUGAAGUUCUGCCUUUAGUACAGUUUGUACCAGCUGAAGGUAUUACAAAUGAAGAGGCCCUGGACUUAAUAGAUCGAAUGCUUUUACCCGAAGAGAAAUGCGCUGAUGGGGCGGAGAUACUUAAAAUAAACCCCGACAUUGAUUCGUCAGAUCCAUUUCUGGAUAAGACCGACGAGGAUGAUGACAGCGGUGUUGUAGUUUGUUGUCGAAAGGCUUUACUGCAACUGAAUCCUUCUGCUGUGGUGGUCCAACAGAAAAUCGGGCUUUCCCCUGUUUUUUAUAGAAAUAUGCUACCCGAGCUGCCUGUCACAACAUGCGAUUACUGCCACAAUUUAUACUACAUGGAAGACUUCGAGAUACAGCUCAUAAAUAAAGGUCAUUGUGGGUUCUGUAGACGUCCCACUGAUGAGGACAAAAGUCAGGAGAAUGGCAUAAAUGACAAUUCUAAUAAUGACUCCAACGCAUCAACUCCUACUAGCCCCAGUAAUGAACAUGGAUCGUGGAGAUAAUUUAGCGGCUUCUGCUAUGACGAGAGAUUUUUAUUGUAAUUUUAGAAAAUAUUUAACCAAAGCAAGCAUUGGAAUUUAUUGAAACAUGUCACGUUUAUACUUUCAACAAAUAACAAUCUAGCAACUGUUUCUCUGUUGAAUCCUUCUUUCCCUGACACCUAUUUUCACUAUAAGGGUUUUCGUUGCACAGUUUUGACCUUAGGUAGAGAUAAAAAUUUAAUAUGCAUCUAUAAAUUAUGAUUAAUUUAUAAUUGUAAAUUAAAUCCUACAAACCCCGUUGCUUUGUUACCAAGCAAGCAUUUGGUCAAUAGUAUAUCUUAUGCAUAGCUGGUUUGGAAAUCUGAUAAAUGUUAUAUUAUAUAGGCCGCAUUGCAAACUUAUUACGUAUAAGCCAUAAAUGAACUAUAUAGGAUGUUUCGUUCUUAUCAUUCUAAAGUACAAAGGAAAUUGCCAUGGUUUAUAUUUGCAAUAUUCUGCAGGAUAUCUACUAAAAUACUAAUUGUGUCGUUUGUUCUGUAUGUUGGCUUAAAGUAGGUUUAUAAUUCGUUCCUUUACCAACUAUUUUAAUAUAGUAGAUUUAUUGUGCACUGUAAAUAAAUUUUGCGUCACAUUGUCGUCAAAUUUCGAUGUUUUUUAAGUUUUUCACUUUGUAACCUACAAUUCUAGAAUCGGUACAAUUACGUCAUGGGUUUCCUCACACGCAGUGAAAAUGUUAUGCGAAAUUUUCUCUGCCUAAGCCAGUCGGGCCUUUGGACCUAUUCAGUGGCAGAUUUACAAAUUUUCAAGGUUUAGGCUGUGAAGUUUUUGCUCCCAUUGCCUCAACAAUUGUCAUGAUUUAGAUUAUUUUUGGAAUCGAACAAUUUUAUUGCAUCCAAUUAUACACAAACCAUCCAGUUUAAAGCCGUAAGUAGUAGGACUGAUAGAUACAGAUGAAUAGAAGCAAGAGGGUAAUACAAUUGUGAGCUGAGGGCGCAUAGGUCGAUUACUGGUUUGGGGGUUGGCCAAAAUUUGCCGACUUCUAUAUGUAAAACAUCUAAAAGCCUUGUCAUUUGAUUUUUAUGAGGUAGCAAGAAUAAUAAAUCGGUUUUCAAAUUUGCAGCCCUAGCCUACUCAGCCGGCUAGUAAAUCCGUCACUCGCCACUGGGCCACCCUUUAGGGUCGAAAAAAACACAAAAUAAUCAAGUGUACAUUUUAUUUUACACCUAACGAAAUAUGUUAUCCGUUUUAUGUUAACACGAAAUUUUAACUUCGGUCCUCAGAUCAGGAAAAUUACAACAUUUUAUUGAAUAUAUGUAUUGCAUUAAUUUCUAUCACAGUAGCUUAAUACUGAUGCAAAAGAAAACUCAUCAAUAUAAUAACUUAACUAAAACAUAAUUUAAACAAAACAAGAAAACCAACCCUAAACCUUUUUAUAACUAAUUAUAAAUAUGUAAUGCAAUCUUGUGAAUUCUGUCUGUGUGCAACUAAAUGUACCUUCAGGCCAAACUUUGCUUUGGUUUUAAGUUCAAUCGAGCUCGUCGUAGGAGGUUGUACUAAGCGUUUUAAAUAAAUUAUUUCAACACUAAGUAUUGUUGUAAUUUAUAGAUAUUACAAAAAAUAAAUAUUGAAGAGUGAGAUAAAAAAAUCUUUCAAUUACUACAUUAUUACCGAGUUUGUUAUUUUAUCUAUUUCCGACAAAUAGAUAAAUGUCCAACCCUACGACACCGGAACAGUUCGAUAGUACAUUAGAACGCAGUACAAAUAUAAAAUAAAAACAUCGAUCUUAAUUCGAAUACACAAAGCCUUCGGUCUCUGUUUUUGUUUGCAAAGCA